AUGUCUGGCCCCUUCCGCUUCAACCAGGAAGAAGCCCGGUCGCCGCUCGACCGGAGCGCCUCUCCUUUCACCUCCGGCCAACCCGUGUCCUUCAAGACCAAUGUUAAUCGCGCCAAGACCAAGAAAUGGGUGCAAGCAAAGAAGAACGCCUACGAUGGCGACGAUUGGGGUGAAUAUGACGAAUAUGACGAAUAUGGCGUCAAUCGGGAGCCAGAACAGGUCCAGACACCAGCACAGCGAUACUACGCACAGCGCACCGAGCAGCCGUCGCGGAGCUUUACCGAUCCCUCUCAGCAGGCGCCUCUUCCCAGGGGCCGAAGGAAUUCCUUUGAACAUGGAGAGGAACAGCGUGCCUUUUCUUCGACUAUACCGUCUGCGCAUUCGGGACAUGCGCCGCUACAUGUAGACACCCAGGGACAUGCAAGCAGCAGUAGUAACAACCAAGGUCGUGAUGAUGAUAGCAGGAGCGACUUCAGCCCGACUGCCUUGCCACCGCCGCUUCAGACGCGUAUCUCACAGGUCCCUACUGACUUUAAUGCAAACGCCAAUACCCAAUUCCCUCCAAGGAAAAGCAGCAUAGGAGCAGGAGCGUCCCCAAUUGCUACUUCUCCACGAUCACGCAAAGGCAGCCAGACUGACAAGCCGCUGCCUUUUAUUAGACCAGCGGAUAUUUACAAACGCCACCAGGAAGAACAGGCACGCGCAUCGUUGGACUCAGGGCGACCAAGUAUUGAUUCUCUGACUUCCCCGCUACCCCACGAUGCAGCAUCAACCCAGGACGACGGCAAGUCGCUGCAGCCCAUGGAAACAGUUGUAGAGCGCAAGAGCGAGUACUUACCUGAUUUUGAUGCUACAUCUCUGCCCGCAGACAAACAACCGUCCCAUCAGCAGGAUGACGAGGGUUUGCGCUCUGUUGUUGAUCAAGCAUUCACUCGCACUGAUGAGUCGCGCUCGGUUCCGCCAACGCCCAUAUCAAACGAUUCGGGCUCAGACUUGUUGCGAAGCAACACUGGUAGUACCUCUGGAAUCAGUCCAAUCAUGAGUCGCGUGCCCAGCUCUGCAACAUCAGCGCUGAAAGCCCGCAACCAGGCCGAAGGUAGUACACCCGCAAUUGCAGAAGAGCCUAGCGAGGCGACGACACCUGUUACCCAGCCAACGUCCGCGAUCGCCAUUGAACCUAUGCACCGCGUUCCGCGAAAACCCUCACCUGGCCACUCUCGCAACUUCUCGAGCUCAUCAAACCCCCGCAGUGGUCUAGCUACCCCGACACGUGGCGACAGUCCGGCCCGGUCACCAGUCUUGACGCCCAGCAAAGGCGUACCGGAACCAGUAUCCGCCUUGGUUACAACAGAAAGCAACGAUUCGUCUGAAGCAAUGGAGGGUGGUCUCAAAGGCCCAUCUGCUGCGUAUGCUGCCCGUGAGGCGGACAUUGCAAGUGCCGCAAGAAAGGGCUCCGAUGCUGGAGCUUCCGAUUUGGGUGCAGCAGAGCGUCAGUCACAGAAUACCUUUUUGGAUUCGCACAAUGCGCAAUCUCCCAUUGAAGAUGUUCUACCACGCGAUCGCUCAGAGUCGCCAAGCAAAGGUCGUGUACAGGCAUUAGCUGGCAAAUUCGGUGAGGUCGCCUCUUCGAGACGUGGGUCCACACAGUCGAUCCGUUCAAGAAACAGCGUUCAAUCGUGGGAACGAAGUCGUGACAACUCUCGUUCAGCUUCACCAACGAAAGCUAGCCAUAGCAAACCCAGCAGUCCUGUUAAAGAGUUUCGCCCCCAUCUUCCUGGACAGUGGGAAUCAUACGCCACCACGACCAUGACACCAUCAGAGCACGGAGAGCAGGACCGAGGAUUGAACCGCUCGAGUAACGAUCUGACAUCUCUCGACAAGCCUGACCUCACUCCAACAACGCCCAAACAACCAGUUGUUGAAAUCACUAACAAAGAGACGGAAACAUCUGACCCGAUCUCUGCGCCCAAAGACGCCGGAGCUACAACUGUGGGUGCAGAUGAAAGCGCAUCAGACAACCAACAGGAGAAGAGACGCAGUAAAUAUUUACCCAGGCCCCUCAGCUAUCGCACAUUGAAUUCUUCUCCAAGUGCCCCGCCAAGUCCUCCUGCAAAAGAUACGCCAGAGUCUGAAUUUCCACCACCUGCGCCAUUGAAAGACAAGCCUUCGGAAGCUUUCAAGAGCCAACCGGAACGGCCAACUCUUGAUCCUCAAUUAAGCACUGAGACGACAGCUGAGGAUGAAGAAAGUGAUCGUCUACGGAAAGAAAUUGUUGCGAGUCUCAGUCCGUUCGGGACCUCAGAGUCCCUGGCAAAUGAUCCGAGCCGUAGCUCACUCCAAGCAACCAGCCCCGAGGCAAACCGCGCGAGUUCUAUACUACCCAGUGAGUAUGAAACGUACUGGGCAUCAGAAGAUCGCGCUUCUCGGCAGUCAUUCCAGGACGCCGAGCGCAACGCCCAGGUUGAAUCACCAGCAGCAACUGUCACCUUUCUUCCGCAAUCGGAUGAACCAACGAAACCGGUCAUAAACAGUCGCUUUAGUUGGGAAGUAAGCAACCCGCGGCUUCAAGCGCCAGACGAGCAAACACAGAAUGCAUCUACGGUUGAGCCAACAAAGUCCUCCCAGGAUAUCAAAACUCCCUCACCUACGAUGGAACGAGCUCCAGAACUGGAACAUGAGUCACAUCCUGAAGGCAUUCCCGACUCAUACUUUGGGCCAGGUCAUGCGCUCGCAGUCAUCAGACCUGAGCCUGUCAACGAACCUAACAGACCGGCGCCUUCUCCGCCUGCAGACCCCAUACCUGUGGUCCCCAGCCCCACUCGAGAAGAGACACACUCGCCCGGUCUUCACGUUGUCAAUACCGAAUUCAAUCAAGAAGCUGUGGAUAUACCUCCACGUCUUAGCGCGGAUAACCGUCAGUCCAAAGAGUCCAGCCCUGUUGAGAAACAACAGCCAGAAGCACCAGCCCAACAGCCUUCAGAACAGCAUGCGGACGUAUCCCCUCUCGAAGCACCCAAGACGCCGACCGUGACACAGGAGGUUUCGGCAAAGUCGCCAACCUCGGACAAGCCUCUAGGCGCUCGUGAGAUUGCGACACUGAAUUCAGCGUCGGAGCGAAUUGAAACCUACAACAAGACGCGCGACUACUGGGCGACAGCUGAUCAUGGGCUUGGCAGCUGGUUAGCUUCUACUCUCGAAGCACACCCCGAGCUAGCCACUCAGACCUACCCAAUACAGCGAGUGCCUACGUCGUCGACACGGCAUAGACACACUGGUUCUCUUCUGUUUGGAAAACUCGCCGGUUCUAGUAGCAACGAUGUGGGGGCUGAACAGCAUACGAGCGCCAGCGCACCUGUCCCAAGUUCUCCCGCUGCUGCCGCGCCAUCUAGCUCAGGAUUUGGUGGACGAAUUGCCAACCAGCAAAUGCAACUCAAGGGCAAGGACCUGCUCCAUACUGCUAAUGUACUGAGCGGGAAGGGCAUGACCAGCGCCAAGGGCUUUUUUGCUAAAGGCAAGAGCCGAUUUGGCCGCGAAAAGGCUACUUCGCAUACUCGAACGGAGUCGGCACCUGCCUCUCGCAAUGUUUCCGAAGAACCUGAACUGGUGGUAAGGAGGUCAAGAGCACCGACAGGGCUGGCGGCAACGUUGAUGCGCUCAGCAACGCAGAAGGAAACAGAGAGUGCAAGCCCAGGCGAGGAAAAGAAAAAGCGCCGUUUCUCCUUCUCCACGCAGUUUCGCCGCGCUAGUCGAUCCAGGAGCAGACCGAGUAGUGUUGCAUUGCCCAACAAUAUCCCGUUGGCUUUGGGCACGACGCCCAAGCCAUCACCGCCUCGCGAGCUUCAUCAGUUUUUGAUGGGUGAUGAUCGGGGAAACUCCUUCCACAAGGGUCCAGAUUCUUGGGAUAACGUGCCGGGUGUGCCACCGACGGCAUUGAACUCCUACUUCAGUGCCACUACACCGCAACGUCUCAACUCGGCUGAAUCACGCUUGGGAAUACUGCCGUCGCCGGCAAAAAGUGCAUUUUCAAACCCGGAUAAGGAUGCGGAACAGCACGUGCCUCCCGUACCUGCUAUUCCGGAUGAGGUUGCGAUCAGACAUUACCGGCGCAGAUCCAGUCAGGAUAGUGCCAGCCAUCGAAUACUGCAAUCUGUUAUUCGGUAUGCGACGCCUCCAGUACCUAGUAGACAUUCAACGCCAUCAGCAAUUACUAGAGACAUCAAGAUACCUCAGUAUGCACCAGUAUUGGAUACGGGAUCAGGCGCACAAGAGAAUAUUCGGGAUAGUGGUUUCCUGUUCGGAUUUGCUGAUGAGGCGCCAAACGAGGCGAGAAAUGAUGAUGACGAUCUACCACCAAAGUUGCAUCACGAUGCCCCUUCGGCUUCUACAUAUGAACGUAAAUCACCCUACACGUAUACCAACGAGUACAUGAAUGUAAGCGAUAAUGAUAGCGACGACGAGCGUCUACGUGGGAGAGACAUAUCUACGUUACCAGGGCUGGACGCGGGGCAAAGGGCCGACAGCAUCAGCCCGGUACUAGCCCCUUUCGCAGCAGGGUUCGGUGAAGCCUUGAAGAUCAACCAUGGGCCGAGACAAGAUGACAGUGAUGGCAUUGCCUCGACAGUGGACAAGGACGCAGAACGCGCUCUCAGUCUCGUCUGGUUCACCAAAAGUGACUUGCAACUGAGCAAAUUGGCUGUAAAAGACGCUGCCCGGAAACAUGCAUCUCUACCGACACGGGCGAUUUCAUCUUUGAAAGGGAGUAUCGAAGAUCCAGGUGAUGUGCUGGAUAUGCUGGGCUCAACGGGUUUUGGCGAGAUUACAACCCCAGCCCACCAGCAGGUCGAACGGGACGGCGAGACUUCGCUUAACCCUGGUCGAGCGGGGGGCAGUGUUGCUGCUGACAGUGGCACCUUGCAGACGCGCCGCGUCUCCGCGUCGCCCAUCCAUCAAGUAGGGGACGAAGCCAAUUCUUCUGCUGCAUCAUGGAAACACGUUGAGAUCGAUGUUCAAUCGCACGCCGGUGCAGAGCGACUGGCAGAGAUGAGAGGUGAUAGCAGCCUCGUCGCGCCUCCCGCGCAGGUUCCGCGCAUCGUCCAAAGUAGCCCCGGAACGCCCAAGGCUACAGAAUCGCAUGCCGACAAUUUCCAGAACACAAUGUCAAAUGGCCAAUUCCGGGAUCAGGCUGGUUAUCCAGACUUUAGACUGCAGACCCAACAGCUGCAGGCCUCCAACUCUGCCAUGGUCGCUCCAGAGAGAUCGAGAUCCAUUCUCUCCCAGAUCUCUGCCAUGGUUUCUGAUGAGGGCAGCGCUCCGUAUUCUCAAGCCUCCACGGGGAGAUCCACUCCGUCUACCAUUCGUCGAAUGCAACCCGAGUCAUCCAUGAAGCCGUCAAUGGCUCCAGCACAGAUUCCAGAGGAGAGUCCGACGUGGCAUACCCACCACCCGGCAAACGGCCAAGACGACGAUUAUGAUCUUUACGCAGAUCACAAUGGAGUUGUGAAAGAUGUGAGAGAUGACCGUGGCCGGCCGUUACGGAUUGCACAUUCUCAAGCGUCCGCUUCAGCUGGGCAGCCACAGCCAAUCAAGUCAUCUACGCCAAAUACAGGCCCUACACCAGAGCCACGAGAUGAGGAACGACCGAGAUUCAGCUUUGAGCGUCCAAUGAGCUUCAUCUCAGGUGCUAACGACCAAGAUGGCAAGCCCCAGGAUCAAAUCAAUCGAUCAAACGAGGAGAAAGUACCCGAUGGGCUUCAAAGUCACGUGCAGCACCCUUUUGCACGUCAAUCAGAAACGGUAUAUUCCACAAAUCCACCGACACACAUGGAUCUAUCGCCAAACCAUGCCAGACCGACGCCAGGCUCGGGCCAGCCCAAGAAUAUCCUUAGAGCUGUCAAAUCAAUCGACCCUAUUAACAAAAACAUACAUCUUAAUCCUUCUCAUCAGCAUGGCGAACCGAGUUCCCGACCAGGACCGUCUGAUAGGCAUGAUAUCAGUGGACAACCGCAGGAGAACGGCCCGAUCUCGAACCGAAGCUGGCACAAUGCCAUGGGACGAAGAACAGCUUCAGGGCAGCCAGGUCCAUCGAGUUCUAUGGAUUACCCACAGGAUCUGGGACGAGACCAAGCACCGAGGAAUCAGUACGAGUCUCAUCAGCAGAUGAUGCAGCAGCAAGCACAAAAUCCUCAAUCACAGGCUCCUUCCGCCCAACCGCCUGCCCAGGAAAUCCUGCAACAACAGGAGAAACCUUCAGCUAAGCCCGGGCUAUCGUCAAUGUUAAAGGGUCUUGGCGCAAAGGCUCAAGUAAGUUCAAAUGAUCAUUCAACCUCGGGUAACACGUCUAAUCCGGGUAUGAAGUCACUUCCGACAACAUCCAACGGCCUUCAGUCAGACACCAAUGGGUUUCCACAUCAAAACCAAGAUUUUGUGAAUAGGACGAUAGAGCAGCCAAGAUCUUUUGAGCCACCCAUUCGCCCAGGCAUGGUACAACAGUCGUUCCCCAAUGGCGUGGAGUCCCAACAACCUUCCGUGACGUCGCACGCUGACACGCAGCCCCGUCGACCGUUUACAGCCGGAGCACCGGAAACCAACAAAAAGAAAAGAUUCUCUGGCCUAGGUGCGCUAUUUGGUCGAGGCGUUGCAGCGGGUGACGGACUGACUGCCAAGUUCAAGUUAUCAAAAGAGGACAAGAAAGCACAAAAGGCUCGGCAGAGCUCCCCUGCGCCUCCAGCAGUGGUUCCAGCUCCUCAAUGGGCGUCUCAGCAACAGUCACACAAACCACCGCAGUCUGGGCUGGCAUACUACCCUCCUGGGCAACUCCCACCCCAUACUGUACAAAGUGUUCAACCUGUUGGGCCGGGCUAUGUCUCCACGCAGAAUGCUCAAAAUCAGUAUGCACAGAGGCCACUGCAGCAGUCGCAACAGACACAGCCACCCCAGCUGUCAAUGACGAGUGCGCAUCCAGGAGAGGCUUCUGCAUUUCUUGCAACAAAACAGCGGCAAGUGGAAAACCGAGCUAGACAAAGGGAUUUCCAGUCCCGCCAGACUGAUGCUCCUGAGAACCGUGGUAGGCAACCAUUAUCCAAUGAACAGGGUGCCUACGCUGCUUCUCUAGCCGCACGACAACAGGCAGAACAUGAUAGACAACAGCGGUUAUUGCGCCAGCAAGAAUCGUAUCGAGAGUCACGAACGGAACAGUUCCAACCACCGCAUCAUAGGCAGCCAAGUGGGCAAGGACAGAGCGUCUACGGCGAUUCUCGACAUAUGCAACAGCAAGCACAGCAACAUUCACAUCAGAACUCUCCGGACUAUUUAGUCCACCAAGCCAGACUAGCAGAACAGCAACAGAUGCAGCGAGAACAGGGGCAGCCCCAAUAUGAACGUGGUGAAGUACCACUGACCGGCGACUCUCAGAAUCAGAUGCAGCGACAGCAUUCUUCUCCACCACCGACUCACAACAAUGCUUCUAGGCCAAGCUCCCGCGAUUCUUACGAAGAUCAAGUUCCUGUCUCCCAACCGGCUACUUUUCCUACAGUAGAGCCCAGGUAUGAAGCGCCUCCAAUACCUGCUGCAUACAGUCACGUGUCUGGUGCCUUUGUGUCUCCUUUGGAUCGACCUUACCUACCUCAGCAUGAUUCCGGAAUGCAUGUCUCACGUGAUGAGUUCGGCCGGCAUUAUUCGGAUCCUCGAAUGCCAGCAAUCUCACCCCAGGUUUCUGCACGGUCCCACCCUCCGAACCAUCGUACGCAUUCAGAUGCCAGUACUGUGUCUGUCGUAUCGCCGAUCUCUAACUCUCCCGGGAUGCCGAGUUAUCCACUGGUACCAGGAGGGCAACGGGCCCAGAAGCCAAGAAUGAGCAGCAUUUCCGAAGUGCAUCAGCAAAAUCGGCCAUGGCAUCUCAACUUCCCAGUAGGAACUACCGAACAAGAUAUUGUCCGAGCACGUCAAGAUCAGUAUAUGCAAGCGCGUUUCACUGCUCAACAACAGCAGCAAGCUGAGAGAGCCGCCGGGUCGCCAUCACCACGACCUUUAACGCCCACAUCUGCGCCUCCACAUGUUCAAGUACAUGGUGGCGGAUUCAAAGAGGUGCUGCCUCGCAGUUCGCCACAAACCCGAGUGUCGUCGCCCAAUCUCCGUGGGGAGUCUCUAACAGUUCGUCGUAUUCCAACGCCCGUGCAGCCUACGCCCGUACAUCCUGGAGAAUUCCCACAGCACCCAGAACAUCCACCACCUAUGUUCUCCGACCCGAGUAUCCUAGUCGGAUCUGUAAAUUCGAAUUCAACCUUACCACCUCCGCCUCCACCGCCGAAGAUACCACAUAGCCCUAUGGGACCUACGUUCCCCAACACGAUGUCGCCAUUGAUGAAUGGGCAACAGCACAUCUAUAAUCACCCAUCGCCAGAUCACAAGUAUAGAAAAUCACCCCACAAUAUACCGCAAUAUGACGAGGAAGUGUCAGAGGAAGCCCCUCCUUCAUACGAUGGUCCUGGAGUGACCAACGACGGUUUGGAUAAAAAUAGACCGGAGGUACCUCGGCCGCCUAAUAUUAGAACGGACAUGGACAUGGAGGCUCGCCGACACUCAGACACUCGACGACGCCAAGCUUCCAUCGGGAUUCUACAACACCCGCAACCAGCAUCAAUGGCUGCAUCGCCCCAGCGUACAGAAGCAGACAUGGGCGCUGAUUCACUCCGCCUCCAGCUUUCCCGCCAAGAAAAUCUCAUACACAUGCAACGCCUGCAGCGCGAACAACAGCAACGCGAGGUUCGUCAACGUGAAAGGCGGGAACGAGAAGCUGCGAGGGCGAGAGCAAGGGAGCUUGAACGCAGCGUUUCCGGUGGCGGGCAGGUCGGUAGUCUUCGCAGUGUUGGCGGUUCGUCCAAUGGAGGUGCUCCUGGCUGGGAGAGACGCGGCAGUCAUAGUAGGCCGGUAUUUGAGUUGCCGGCUGACGAUGAUGAUGAACCGACCAUGAAAGCUACUAGCUACCCCGGACAGGAAUGGGUACCUCCCAUGUGGGACGUCGACUGA